AUGCAUCUCUCGUCGGCCGGUAUCCCAUUUGAGAAACGACCGCAGCUUCCCGCUGAACCCACGGUGCUGGCUGGCUUCUCAGCGGACGCGCUUACGCGCACCCUCCUCAACGGGUUCUACGUGGUCAAGACCCGCCUCCAGGUGCGUCGGCCCCGAUACCACUUCUGCCAUGCCUUCGUCGAGACGCAGAACCUCUGGCGUGAAGGAAUCUUCGGAUUCCUCCGGGGCAAUGCUGCUGGCUGUCUGCGCGCGGUGCCCUACUCCGCGGCCAAGUACGCCACGCACCGAGCGGUGGAGCCGUUGCUGAAAGAGCGCCUGCCUGCGGCAAGGGCCGAGUGGGUGGCGAAUGGCCUAGCCACUGCGGUGGCGGUUGCGGUGACCUACCCGCUCAACACACUGCAGACGAGGAUCGCGCUGCUGCCCCUCGAGCAGGCUCGGUACGCUCACAUCAUCAACGAGCUCGCCAACAGUAACGGUGGGCUUCUGGACGGCCUCUAUGCGGGCAUCCUGUCCGUCAUCCCUGGUCAGCUCGCCUACCAGGCUGGCCUUCACCUCGCCGACAAGCUGUUCCUGGCCGUCAUUGGACCCACUGACGAGAGCCAGCACCCCACCAGGGCCUUCGUUCAAUCGUGUCUGAGGGCAACACUGGCCAACGUCUUGUCCUACCCCUUCGACACCGUGUGCGUGCGGAUGCAGGCGGGGAUCUUCGCGGACAAGAGCGUGCUCCACUGCAUCAAGAGCAUUUACGAGGAGCAGGGCGUCGGCGGCUUCUACCAGGGAGUUGGCGUCACGCUUCUCAAAGUGCUGCCCUUCGCCCUCUUCAUGUACUUCGCCUUCCACUUCAGCAACCAGUGGUUCGAGAAGCACGGCCGCGACGAGCGCUUUUCCUCCCUCCACUCCUACCUCCACACCUACUGGCGCGCCCUCUCCACGCACCUCGAGACCGGCUCGCUGCAAUGGCGGAGCCACGCCCAGAAGCAGUUCCACCAUGCCGAGUAA